UCCUUCCUUCCUUCCUCGCUUCCUUCCUUCCUCACUUCCCUCCUUCAUUCCUUGCUUCCUCCCUUCCUCACUUCCUUCUUUCCUCCUUCCUUGCUUCCUCGUUCCCUUCAUUCUUUCCUCGCGUUGUUCUUUUGUCGCUUCAUUCCUUCCUUGCUUCCUUCCCUCCUUGCUUUCUCGCCUUCUUUCCUUACUUACUUCCUUCCCUGCUUUUUUCCUUCCUUCCUUUCUUGCGUCUUUGCUUGCUUCCUUCCUUCCUUGAUUGAUCGUUUCCUUCCUUCUUUGCUUCCUGGCUUCCUUUCUUCCUCGUUCCCUUCCUUGCUUCCUCAGUUCCUUCCUUCCUUCCUCACAUCGUUCCUUCCUUGUUCCCUCGCUUCCGUCCUUUCUUUCUUCCUCAGUUCCUUCCUUCCUUGCUUCCUCACUUUCUUCCCUCCUCGCUUUCUCGUUUCCUUGCUUCCUUGCUUCCUUCCUUCCUUCUUUGCUUCCUUGCGUCCUUCCUUCCUCGGAAUCUUUCCUUCCUCACUUCCUACCUUGCUUCCUCGCUUCCUUCUUUCCUCGUUUCCCUCUUUCCUUCCUUGCUUUUUUCCUUCCUCGCUCCCUUCUUUCCCCCUUCUUUGCUUCCUCGCUUCCUUCACAAAUUUCUUCCUCACUUCCUUCCUUUCUUCCUUCCUUCCUUGCUUCAUUGCUUCUUUCCUUCCCUCCUUCCUUCCUUUUUUUCCUUCCUUGCUUACUUAUAUUACUCCCACCUUCACUUCUUCGAUUUACUUCCUCCAUCCCUUCUUUACUUGCUUGCUAACUCAAUUACUUACUUCGUUGCUUGUUUACUUCCUCACAUCCUUGCUUGCUUUCUUGAUUAUUUACAUUCUUUCAUAUGGCAGUGGAAAGACAAAUUUUGAUGAAAACCUGCAAACGAACAAACGAACGAGGAAAGAACACAAGGAUGGACAGAAGAACAGCCGAAAAAACAAUGAAUGAACAAACGGACGGAUAGGCGGCCAAAAGAACGCAUGAAGGAAAGAUAGAAGAAAACAAUUUACAAAAGAUCGAACCCACGCACGCAAGAACGUAGUUACAAACGAACGCACGAAUGAACGCACGAACGAACGAACACACAAACGAACGCAAAAAGAACGAACAGACGAACGCACGCAUGAAUGGACGGUUGAACGAAAGCACGCACGGACGAACGGACGGCUAGACGGACGAACCCACGAACGAAAGGGCAGUCAGACGAAAGCAAGCACAAACGGACGGUCAGACGAACGCAUGCGCACACAAACGGACGGACAAUCUCACGGAUGCACGCACGAACGAACGAAUGGACGGUCGGACGAACGCUGCCACGAACGCAUGAUUGGGCGAUGCACGCACGCACGAACGAUCAAUCUGUCGGAUGAACGUACGCAUGAACGAACGGACCGUCGGACGAACGCACGCACGAACGAACGGUCGGUCGAAUGCACGCACGAAU